GUUUCGUUAUUCUUUUGGUAUAUGAAACUCUACAUUGGUUCUCGGAUAUGGCUUCAAAAACACAGGUUAAUCCUGAUAGAGAGGUCAAGAAAGUGCGUAUUGUGGAAGAACCUACCACAGCUUCAAAUUGGCAGCAUGGAGAUAUCGAUUGGGUAAAUGUGACUUUUGUUGCUAUCAUUCCUCUUGUUGGUUUCAUCGUGGCUUUCUCCACGCCCUUACUAUGGAAGACGGCUGUAUGGGCUUUCAUCUACUAUUUCUUGACUGGACUAGGCAUCACCGCAGGAUAUCAUAGACUAUGGUCUCAUACGUCCUACUCUGCCGUUCUACCAGUCCAAAUCAUCCUCGCUGGUCUCGGCGGAGGUGCUAUUCAAGGAUCGAUACGUUGGUGGUCUCGUAACCACCGAGCUCACCAUCGCUACACCGAUACGAUGAAAGAUCCAUACUCGGUUCAGAAAGGUCUUCUAUAUGCCCAUAUGGGUUGGUUAAUAUUCAAGCAGAAUCCAAAUGAGGUUGGUCGAGUAGACAUUUCUGAUCUCAACCAUGAUCCUGUUGUCAAUUGGCAGCAUCGUCACUACGUCAGCGUUGCUCUCACGAUGGCUUUCUUGUUCCCUUGCUUGGUUGCUGGAAUCGGCUGGGGUGAUUGGAUGGGUGGCCUCAUUUAUGCUGGCAUACUCCGUCUUUUCGUUGUGCAGCAAGCAACAUUUUGUGUUAAUUCACUCGCUCAUUGGCUCGGAGACCAACCAUUCGACGACCGCAACUCACCCCGAGACCACGUAAUCACCGCCCUCGUUACCCUCGGCGAAGGGUACCACAACUUCCACCACGAAUUCCCAUCCGACUACCGCAACGCCAUCCAAUGGUACCAAUACGACCCCACAAAAUGGUCCAUCUGGCUCUGGAAACAAGUCGGUCUAGCCAGCGACCUGAAAACCUUCCGCCGGAACGAGAUUGAGAAGGGUAGAUUGCAGCAACUGCAGAAGAAACUCGAUGAGAAGAGAAGUACUAUCGAUUGGGGAACUCCACUCGCCGACCUUCCCCUGCUGGACUGGGACGAAUACACAACCCGCGUCGCGGGCGGCGAAGCACUCAUUGCUAUCGCGGGCGUGAUCCACGAUGUGAAGUCUUUCAUUAAAGAUCAUCCGGGCGGCAAAGCGCUGAUUGCUUCGGCGAUAGGGAAGGAUGCUACGGCGAUCUUUAAUGGUGGCGUCUAUAAUCAUACGAAUGCGGCGCAUAAUCUGCUUUCGACGAUGAGGGUCGGGAUGCUUAGGGGUGGGGUGGAGGUUGAGAUGUGGAAGAGGAGGGAUGGGAAGAGUGAGAUGGCAGGGGUCUAUUAGAGAUUGGUGGUGGUUUCCAUGGUCGGAGUUUCUGGUGGGAGAAUUAUUUGAUUCGGCGAGUGAUGUACAGAGUCGGGGCUCGAGGGCAAUUUGUGGAGCGUAAAGAGAAGACUGAACUUGACUUACGACGAUUCUUUCUAUGAUACAUGCUCUUGCUCUGAUGUCUUACUCGUUAGGCGUCCCGAGACUAUUUGAGAGGUAGAGAGGCGAUCUAGGCAUUGAGCUCAUAUCUCGGCUGAUCUAUGACUUGCGUUACUGCGCCUUGCAUGCACUCUACAACAGUACACUUGCUGCAUGUGUCCUUCGAAUGGCCUACCAGUUUUGGACCACGGAAAAGCAAGUAAUAUUUGUGGCGGGCAAACCUG